UCCAUCCAUCCAUCCAUCCAUUUAAAUUUGAACUUCGUUUCCCCAACUUGAACACAAUAUUUGGAAUGGAAUAUCCCAUCCAUCCCAUCAUGCACCAUUUCCAACAUGGCGGCCUGGAGAUGAAAAAAAAAAUAUUUUGGUUGACGAACAUUCGUCAAAUGACAAUAUUCAUCUUCUACUGCACUUGGAAGGUUGCAAGACCAACAUCAAGAACCUCUAGUUUCUCAAGAUUAAAACUUCAAAAGUAUCUGUUACUCCAUGAGAAUGGAUGUCACUGAGAGUGUGGUGUGUUCCCACUGUAACACACUUGUCUACAGACAGUGGUUAGUGGAUCAUGUACAGCAGGAACUCCAGAGUGAGACCACCUGCCGCCCCUGUUCGGACCUGGUGCAGAUGCUGACAGACCUGCUAUGCGCCCUGCACCUGUACGGACACCUGAAACCACCUGUCAUCAACAUCACCUGCUCCAGGUGCAGCUUCCAGGCUGGAAGUGUGGAGAAGUUUGUGGAGCAUCUUCAGGUGAGUUGUGAGAAUGUUGCACCUGCACAGGAUACAGCUGCAGCUGUAUCACAUGCUUCAGCUGAGCAGAGCAGCUGCACCUACAGAGUCAGCUAUCAGCCAAACGAUGUAGCAGAAGGGAAGGAACCAGUUGGUCCUAGUUUACAGGAGAUGGCAGACUGGGACGGACAACAGUUUCAGAAAAUGAUGAGCACGCUCUUAACGGAUACGUCGGGAAAGGGUCGCCAGAAAACAAGCUCCGAUCACGAUACGGGAGGACGCAGCAAAGUGACGAUAGAUAUGGCUUCCGUUUGCGAAGACAAGGAAGAGGAAACUGACGUCAGCGAAGAUUUGAACUACGUCGGACCUAAAGACCAACCUUGCUCUACUCAAAGUGUGAAAGAAAAGAAUACAUCAAAUCAAGAAGACUCAACUGAUUGCUCUGAAACCAACAAUGCAAAAGAUGCAAAGACAAAACUAAGGUCUAGGGACAAUUGCAAUGAUGAUGAAGACAGUAACAAACCGAAAACUAAGACUAAAAGAGUGAGAAAAUCAAGAGCAAAGAAGCAGCAACUUGACAAUCUCUUGAAGUGCCACAUCUGUGGCUACUCAGGCCGGAAGAGGGAAGACUUAGAGUCACACAUGUUGGAGACUCAUGGUAAAGUGGAGUACAAGUGUAACAGUUGUAACUUCCUCGCUAAGAGUUUGAAAAACCUGCGCAGACACCAGUUGGGACAUCAGAGGAUGCACGAAUGCAAGUAUUGUCAGUUCACGACUCGCUGGCAGAAGAACUUGAUCUUGCAUGAAAGACGUCACACAGGUGAAGGCAUGAUCAAGUGUGACCAGUGUGACUAUGUCACUCCUAAGAAAGACAGCCUACUUAGACAUAAAGUCAAGCACACAGGAGAAAAGCCAUUCGUCUGUGGACAGUGCAAUAAGACGUUCGCCCGCAAGGGGGACCUGAAACAACACGAGCUGCGUCAUGCCGGAAUCAAAACAGCGAUGUGCCACGUGUGCGGAGACACGUUCUUUAAGAACUACGAGCUCGUGCACCACAUCCAGGCCAAACACGACGGGCUGAAGCUGUACAAGUGCGACCAGUGUACGUUUGAGACGGCGUACUUUCACUCACUGGUGACCCACGGGAGGGCCUAUCACACAGGAGAGAGGCCAUAUAAGUGUGAUUUUGAAGGCUGCAACUAUGGAUCAGCUAACAAGUCACAACUUAAUGUGCACAAGAGGAAACAUACAGGAGAAAAGCCAUUCAAGUGUACGAUGUGCAACUACGCCUCAGCCGACAACGCCGGGCUACGCAAACACGUGAGGAAACACUCCAGCCUUCGCCCCUACAAGUGUAACAUGUGUGACUUCGACACCAAGCACAGCUUCCUCCUCAGAAAACACAUGGAGACGGCACACAACGUUAUGACUAACUGUAAAAUUGGCAGGCGACAGUUGACCUCGAUUGCUACCACGGACGUGGAUUCUAGCAAGAACCAAGUGCCGGUGGACGUUUUUAAUCAAGAUCUUAAGACUAUUGCAGGCCAUGGGCCUGGUCAAGAUUAGACUUACAUCAAGUAACUCAAGGGCAAGAAUUUGCCAACCAGAGCUUGUUUUAGGUUGGAAACAAACCUUUAAACAGAACAUUAUAAACACUGUUGUAAUAUCAUCAUAGAGAAUAUGUGUAGAAUAUAUAAGAAAGGACAUAGUGCCACAUGAUUUGUCUCUUUCUUACCAUGUAGGGAUGUGGUGCCAUUUGAUUGGCCCAUUUCCCAUUGUAUGGUAAUGAGGUGCCAUGUGAUUGGCUCAUUCCCCAUCAUGUGGUAGUAAGGUGCCAUGUGACUGGCUCAUUCCCUAGCACAUGAUACUGAGGUACCAUGUGAUUGGCUUGUUCCACACCAUAUGGUAAUGAGUGCCAUAUGAUUGACUUGCUCGCCACCAUAUAUGGCAAAGAGGUGCAAUAUUACUGGCUCACAAGCCAUUACUGUAAAUGCAGAAAUUUUCGCGGUGGAUUAAUGUUCGCGGUUUUCGCGGCGACCACUUUACCGCGAAAUUAAAUCCACCGCAAACAUUUUUCUAUUAAGGUAUUAGACUGCAGUAGAUGGUGUUAUCGCAAAAUUAAAUCCACUGCGAAAAGUCGUUUUUCCCGCUACCGCAAAAUUAAAUCCCCGCGAACUUAAAUGCAUUUACAGUAUAUGGUAAUGAGGUGUCUUCUGAUUGGCCUAUUCCUCCCUGUGUUAAAGGAAUGAGGGCAGGUGUUACAUCAUCAUGAGUAGACAGAGCCUGCCAUUGAUGUUAAGUAUACAUGUUAUAUUUUAUACAGUAUUUCUGAAAACUCAAACAAUGAGUUGCAAUGUAUACAUGCAUAGAAGUAGGAGUAAACAGUGCCAUUUACACACAUUUACACAUGUGAAUUGAUACAUGUGAUACAUUUUACAUGUAGACUUCAUGCAUAUAAUAUAAUCUAUAUAGUUUCUUGCUUCAUUUCUACAUUUCUAUAUGUCAUGUCUAUAUUUGUUUUAAAAGAUUGUAGCAAUUUCAGUAGAGAUUUCUCCCUUUUUAUGUGGAAAAAUGGCAAGUGGCAGGAUCAAUCCAGGAGCCAU